GUUUGGAUAAUCAUUUAUUUAGGAGAGGUUCUUACUUUCAACCACUUUCUUGGAACAUCCGAAUGAAGGUUGCUCUUGAUGCCGCUAAGGGUCUUGCAUAUCUUCAUAGCGAUGAAGCAAAAGUGAUAUAUCGAGACUUCAAAGCUUCUAAUAUCUUACUUGAUUCGAAUUACAAUGCAAAACUUUCUGAUUUUGGCUUGGCAAAGGAUGGACCAGCAGGUGAUGAAAGCCAUGUCUCUACAAGGGUAAUGGGCACUUAUGGCUAUGCUGCUCCUGAAUAUAUUGCCACAGGUCACUUUACAAAGAAGAGUGAUGUCUACAGUUUUGGGGUUGUUCUGCUUGAAAUCAUGUCUGGCAAACGUGCCCUUGACAGCAACAGGCCAAGUGGGGAGCACAAUUUAAUUGAAUGGGCCAAACCAUACCUCAGCAACAAACGCAGGAUCUUCCAAGUCAUGGAUGCUCGCAUCGAAGGCCAAUACUCGACGCGCGAAGCCAUGAAAGUAGCCAACCUUGCCAUUCAAUGCCUCUCUGUGGAGCCAAGAUUUAGACCAAAAAUGGAUGAAGUGGUGACAGCAUUGGAGGAACUUCAGGAUUCUAGUGAAAAAACUGUUGCAGGGGUGGGAAGCCAUCGUCAUCAUCAAACUGGGAGGAGUGAUCAUAGCUCAAGAAGCAGUGGCUACAGACAACAUAGAGGUAAACAACAUGAAACAACAAAGAAGUGAAAGUGCAUGUUGGUUUCAAGUUAUCUGAUUUUGCUGGAGUUCGUAAUUGUACGUGUAUGUAUAUCAUGAUGAACUUCCACUUAAACUUGUCUUAAGAUUUCUGAUUGUUGUACAGUUGUUGAUUCAGUAAUAAUAUUCAAAUUUUCAUA